AUGAGAAAAGGAAUUUUAGUAUUUGGAUUACAACUUGAAUCAGUAAAAAAAGCACGUGAAGCAAAAAAUAGAGAGUUAAAAUCUAUUGAAGAUUGUAGUAAUCAUACAAUUCUUAGGUGUGCAAAAAAUUUUGGAUGUCAAGCUCUUGAAUUAUUAAAAUCUAAAUCACAGGAUAAUUAUUCAAAAAAGGAUCUUGUUAAUAUUAAAGCAAUAGAUUAUUUGGUUAAUAAUUAUAAUUUCCAUAUAGAUUUUGAAAAAGAAGAUUUAGUUAAAACAAAACAAAAUCAAUUAGCUACUGUUCAAGCCCUAAAUAAAGCUAAGAUUUCACGAGAAGGUUAUCGAAAAAUAGCUGUAGUUAAUCCUACAAUUUCACAUGAAUAUGUAGUAUUUAAUGAAUGCAUAUUAUUAACUAAACAAAUAGAAGCUAAUAUAAAAAUUACACAAGUAAAUCUUGAUUUUUUGGAAGUUGAAAUAAAUUCUACUGAAGUAGAAAAUGCAGAUCCUAAAGAAAUAACUAAUAUGGCUAGAAUUGGUGCACAAC